ACUUAAAUUGUUCCAAAAGAACAUUUGAACUCAAGGCUCGAACUGGGGAGACACCACGACGAGCGCGAGGGUUUUGAUCUGAGAGUUCUCGUUUCCCUCUCCAACUCCUUUGCGAUCUCACGAAUCGAAGGGCAGAAUGGUGUUGGUUUUGGCAAUAGGGGAUCUUCACAUCCCUCAGAGGGCUUCUGAUCUUCCAGCCAAGUUCAAAACAAUGCUUGUACCUGGGAAAAUCCAGCAUACCAUCUGCACUGGGAAUCUAUGCAUCAAGGAAGUUUAUGAUUACUUGAAAAGCGUGUGCCCUGAUCUGCAUGUAACUCAUGGUGAAUAUGAUGAAGAUGCUCGUUAUCCAGAGACCAAGACUCUUACCAUUGGUCAAUUCAAGCUUGGCCUGUGCCAUGGCCAUCAGGUUGUUCCCUGGGGUGACUUGGAUUCUUUGGCCAUGCUUCAAAGGCAGUUGGAUGUAGAUAUUCUUGUGACUGGCCACACUCAUCAAUUCAAGGCCUACAAGCAUGAAGGAGGUGUAGUCAUAAAUCCUGGUUCAGCAACAGGUGCAUAUAGCAGUAUCACUUACGACGUCAACCCAAGCUUCGUUCUCAUGGACAUUGAUGGCCUUCGAGUCAUUGUCUACGUAUAUGAAAUGAUUGAUGGCGAGGUCAAGGUUGACAAGAUCGACUUCAAGAAGACAACCAACACUCACUCUGCUCGUUGAGUUUUCCUGUUCUUAUACAUCAUCUUAGUUUACUAAAUCUGAUUGUCUCAACCUUUGUGUAUUGUCAUGGAAUUUGUUUGUUUCCUGUUAAAUUCUCCUGGAAUAUGUGGUACCAUAUUGUUGAAUGAACUCAUGUUUUGAGAUGAGAAA